UGUUAUUGAAACUUUAAGCAAUGAAGAAAAAAUUACUAUAUCAUUACGCUGUAACAUUGAGUUAUCAAACUUAACGAUAUUAUGUGAAAGACAUACUACAAAAUAUUUGAAAUUGUAUCCUAUAUGGCAGAAAGCAUGUUGUGAUCCAUUCAAUAAACAUACAAAGAAAAUCACAAAAAAUCUCAUAGUAGUUACAAUAAAUGAGUCACAAGUCAUGAUGAGAAGUAGUUUGAAUAUUGCUCCUGGGAAGAAACUUUGCAAACCUUGUAAGCAAAAGAUUGCCAUAAAAAAAGAUCUUAAAGAAAAGAAACAAAGCCAGGAACAAGAUGAGGAUUUUCUAAUACCAUCAUUCAAAUCAAAAAGACAGGAGAUCAAUGAAGAACUCAAAAAUUUUAAUAUCUCCUCUAAAAUCUCAUUCAAAGUCAUCAAAACAUAUUCUCUCAGAAGGAAAGCGAAAAAUUGCGUGCAUCAACGAAAUGGUAAAUAACAUUACUAGAAAAACUGAAAGUCAAGUCAAUGUUCCAUCAAAACUGUGUUAUGAAACAACAUGAAAGCUAAAAACUUUGAUGAAAUUAUGAGCUUGAUAAAAAAAAAAGAAAGCUAAAAAAAAAAGAAAAAGAAAGCUAAAAACUUUGAUGAAAUUAUGAGCUUGAUAAAAGAAAAACUAUGUUCUGACAAAAGGACAAUUGUUCAACUUCUAACACUGGCACCCCCAAGUUGGUCGAUAUUAGAAGUACAAAAUAACUUUGCAGUUACAGAAUACCAAGCAAAAAUGGCUAGACAAAUUUUUAAUAAAAAAGAAUUGUUAGCUAUCUCUCCAUUGUAUAAAGGUAAAGUCUUACACAAAGAAAUAGAAGAUUCUGUUAAAUUGUUUUAUGACUCAAGUGAUUUAUGUAGAACUAUGUCUGGAAAAAAAGAUUAUGUUAGCAUUCAAAAGAAUAUCCAUAAACAAAAAAAACUGCUUUUGUGUAAUUUAAAAGAACUAUAUGUAUUAUACAAAGAAAACAAUCCAGCAAUACAAAUAAGUUACUCAAAAUUUGCUUCACUUAGACCAAAGUGGUGCAUUUUGCCAGGUGCAAAUGAUACACAUUCUGUUUGUGUUUGUUGUUAUCACCAAAAUGCCAUAUUGCUAGUAGAUGCCUUAAAUAUUGAACUAAAGUAUAAGGAUUUACUUUCGAAAACCAUUUGCUCAGUAGAAAACAAAGAAUGCAUGCUUGCACAGUGUGAUAAUUGUCCUGGUAAAGAAACCCUCACCAAAUAUAUGUAUGAGAUUUUCGGAGAAUACAAAGAUGAUUUUGAGAUACACUACAAGCAAUGGCAAACUACUGAUCGUGCAACACUAUUGAGUUUAACAGCAGAUGUUUCAACAUUUGUUGAACUAUUAGUAUCUUGCUUUGAAAAGCUACAAGCUCAUUCUUUUAUUGCUCACUCUCAAUCACAGUACCUUAACCAACUAAAACAAAAUAUGGAUCAAUCAAAUAUUAUCAUUAUUGGCAACUUUGCUGAAAAUUAUACUUUUGUAAUCCAAUCCAUUAGUGAUAUACUAUAAAGAUGAUAAAGGUGUACAGAAACAUAUUUCUUAUUGUUUUAUAUCAGACGACAUUACACAUGAUGUAACUUAUGUGUACAAAAUAUUUCAACUAAUCAUACCAAUAUUAAAAACAAAAUUUUCCAAUCUGUCCAAAUUACAUCUAUUUACUGAUGGUUGCGCAGGACAGUACAAAAAUUGUAAAAGCUUUUACAAUCUAUGCCAACUAGAGAGCGAAUUUUCCCUUUAAGUUGAAUGGAAUUUUUUUGCCACGUCACACAGAAAGUCACCAUGCGAUGGGAUUGGCGGCACUGUAAAAAGGUUAACAUCACAAAAAAGUUUAAAACGACCAUACAGAAACCAAAUUCUCACAUCUGAAGCUAUGUAUGAAUUUUGUAUUGAGAAAAUCAAGGUUGUUAACUUCAUUUACAUAAAGGGGAUAGACUUACAAUUGCAAUGUGAGGAGCAAAGAGAAAGGUACACUGGUGUAACAACUCUACCUGGUACUCGUAGCUUUCAUUAAUUUAUACAUCUUGGAGAUAACAGGGUUGGGGCAAAGAGGUGUAGUACAAACACUAAUUAUACAAUAAUUCACAACCUUAAAAAGAAACAAGAUAUAUUUCAACUUGAUACUGUCACUUUAGGAGGUUAUGUAGCUGUAGUCUAUGAUGAUAAGUGGUGGAUCGGCAUUGUAACUGAAACUAACCUAGAAGAAGUUGAUGUUAAAGUUAAGUUUCUUCACCCAAAAGGUCCAUCAAUCUGUUUUAACUGGCCUGAAAGAGAGGACUACUGUUUUAUUCCUUACACCAACAUAUUGAAAAAACUAUUUGUUCCACAAGCUUGCUCUAGUUCCGGUAGAAACUAUAUGUUUGAAAAUGCUGAAAUAGAAGAAGUACAAGUAAAAUGGGAACAAUAUUGUGAACUAUUACAAACACAGUCAAAAUAACUUGCAUCUUGAAAAAUCUUGUAUAUUAAAUUACGAUUAACUUAUUUUUAUUUUAUUUACAAAAAUUUUUUGGGAAUUUUUUGAAAAAGUAAUACAUCUUAGAUAAUAAAGUUUUAUAUGUUUCAGUUGUUUUUCCAGUUAGAUAUUUUGUGCCUAGUAAGAUUAUAAGCAGCUGAAUAUAUUAACAGCAAAAAAAAAAAAAAUUUGACGGGGGUGUUUUGAGAUAUUGGGCCCCAAAGUUGGUUUAUAGAAAUUUGUUGUUUUAUUAACUUUUAAGCUUGUUCCUUUUAUAUUUCAGCAUUUUAAGUACUGCUAUUGAAUUCAGCAUCAAAAAAAUAUUAUAUAUGUUUAUUUUUAUAGUUU